AUGUCAGAUCCAUAAAAGGUCCCCAAAGUAGAGUGCUCACUAUCUGACAUUGUCUUUGGUGUCUCACUAGGAGAGGGUGCUUUUGGAAAUGUAAGAGUUGGUUGGUUAAAGACGAACAAAAGUCAAAAAUAUGCUGUGAAGACCAUGAAGAAAGCUGAGAUUAUAAAGAGCAAACAUGUUGACCAUAUCGAGAAUGAGAAAAACAUCUUAGAAAAAAUACAGCAUCCGUUUGUGCUGGAUUACUAUGGAUUUUUGCAAGACGAAAGAUACAUUUAUUUCUUGACAGAGCUAUUGCGAGGUGGAGACUUGUUCACAUAUCAUCGCUCUGUUGGGCAUUUUAGUGCAAAGCAGACUCAAUUCUAUGGAGCAUAAAUCGUCUGUAUAUUUGAAUAUCUGCACGGGAAAGACAUUAUUUACAGAGACUUAAAGCCUGAGAAUAUUAUGAUUGGAGAUGAUGGGUUCCUGAAACUUAUCGAUUUCGGAUUUGCUAAAGUAGUUAGAAAGAGAACAUACACUAUCUGUGGAACUCCUGAGUACAUUGCCCCAGAAAUUUUAUUAAAUCAGGGUCACUCAAAACCUGUAGACUGGUGGACUCUUGGUAUACUUGUUUAUGAGAUGUUGGCAGGUUUCCCACCAUUUUAGGAUGAAGAUCCAAUGAACAUCUAUAGAAAGAUCAUAAAUACAAAGCCUAGAUACCCAGAGGGCUUCGACUCUAAGUGCAAGAGUCUUGUGAAGCAUCUGCUUAGAAGAGAUCUCUCCAAGAGAUUCGGUAACCUCAAGAAUGGAGUAGAUGACAUAAAAAACCACAGAUUUUUCGAGCAUUUUUCGUGGUCAAACCUGCUCCUGAAAAAAUUAGAUACCCCUUAUCUUCCCAAACUCGAAGCGGUUUCGGAAAAGGAAUCAUCUUUUACUAAGGAUAAAUCUUCACAAGCAGAGAAGGUGGAGAAGGGAGACGAUCCUUUUAUAAAUUGGUGA